UUGAUUUUCUUUGUACUACCUCAGAAUUUAGGUGAUAUCAAAAUCGAAAAUAAAAAUGGACUUUUCACUAAUUUGUCGGAGCUGUAUAAAAGAGUUAUCACCCUGGGAAAAGGACAACGUGAGCAUAAAAACAAUAGAAAUGUUUGUUUUCUGCACAAACAUUAAGAUUUCAGAAAGUGACCAACUGCCGAGGCAAUUCUGCAACGACUGUACCCUGAAAAUAGAAUCGUCAUACUUCUACAUAACAGAAGCUCAGAAAGUGGAUGUGACGCUUAGAAACAUGGUUUCAAGAUCCUGCACUAGUGUUAUCGUUGAACCGGACAACUAUUAUAGAAAUAUUUCACAAGAUGAUAUUAAUUCUGAUAUGUCUUAUACUCUGACUGUACCGGAAUAUAAUUUAAGCAAUGCGAUUAUAAACACCAAUGAGAAUAUAAUACUCGUUAAUUUGGAAAAUGAAAUAAAUGAGAUUCACGAUGAGAAAAUUACUGAAGAAGUCAACGCUGCUGCACCAUCAAUUGUGGAAAAUAAGAAAGGACAAAACAAUCUUCAAGCUGAAAAGGUAGAUAUUAAUGAGACAAAGAAGAAAGUUUGUCCAAUUUGUAGAAAAGCAUUCACGUCACAAACUUGGUUUGGCAAACAUAUGCAAAAGGAGCACACUGGUCUUAAGUAUAGCUGCACCCAGUGUCCCAAAACAUUCACGAAGCAAUCCCAGCUGUCUUACCAUCAAACGACACACUCCGAAGAGCGCAACUUUGCUUGCGGCGCUUGUGGUAAGCGCUUCAAGCGGCGCAAGCACCUCGCCAUCCACAUGCGGUCGCACGACGACGCCAAGCCGUACGUUUGCGACAAAUGCACCAUGAGGUUCAAAAAGCGCAGCAUAUUGAAGUGCCACAUGAAAGUACACAAAGGUGACAAGCAAUAUUUGUGUUCUUAUUGCGGAUGGAGCUUCGCUCAAGCUGGCAACCUCGCAGUGCAUAUGCGCCGGCACACUGGUGAGAAGCCAUUCGCGUGCGGCGCCUGCGGGUUCCGCGCCGCCGCCGCGUCCAGCUUGCGGCGCCACGAGCGGCGCCACCGGGGAGCCAGCUCGCACGUCUGCCCCACCUGUCGCAAGGGCUUCUACGAUGCUAGUGCGUUGGCGCGUCAUUCGCGCACGCACUCGGGCGCGCGUCCGUUCGCGUGCGGGCGGUGCGCGCGAUCCUUCGCCGACAGCUGGAAGCGCAAGCUGCACCUCAUGCGCGCGCACCACGCGCAACUGCACGAGCUCAGACACCUGACGCGCGACGGACGCGUCGUGCCCGGACACACGGGCUGAGCGGUGUACAGAAGAUAAGUUAGUUG